CCCCCACCCCCUCUUUAGGUCCCGGUCCCAGGAUUGCCAUUCCGACGCACAUUCCUUGAGGAGCAACAGCUACGUGUAGUUGGCCCAGUGGAUAAAGGAGAUCUGUCGCUGCAAGGCUUUCGGUUCUACUGGGCGAGCCUCAGGAACUUGUCGACAGAAACACCGAUCCAGAGAGGGAGAGAGACACCGAUCCAGAGCGGGAGAGAGACACCGAUCCAGAGAGGGAGAGAAGAGGGCGCGUUGUAGUGCAUCGCUUCACGCUCCUUCAAAUGACGGAAUAGGCUACAUGUGAAUCAAACACGAACAACUAAAAACGCAAAGUGCAGUGCUGAAUCCUUGGAUGUGAUCUGGAGGAUGGCGUGGUGAUGAGACAAGACGGCUCAGUGAGGACAUGAUACCCGGGGAUGUAACACGGCCGGCGGCUGCGGCAGUUCUUGUUUGAGUCUUCGUUGUCCGAAGGAUCCAGUCCGCACACCUUUCUCCAUGUUGGAAGGUCUGGUUUCAUGACAAUGGAUUACUGUCUCUGGGUGUGCAGCCUGGUGCUGCCGGUGGUGUUGGCGGUUGAAGAGACCCUGAUGGACAGCCGGUGGGCGACCACAGAGCUGGCAUGGACCACCUUCCCAGAGAGCGGGUGGGAGGAAGUGAGCGGCUACGACGACUCCAUGAGCCCCAUCAGAACCUACCAGGUGUGCAACGUCCGCCAGCCCAACCAGAACAACUGGCUUCGAACCGACUUCAUCCCGCGGCGCUCCGUGCUGCGCGUCUACGUGGAGCUCAAGUUCUCGGUGCGGGACUGCGCCAGCAUCCCCAACAUCCCGGGCUCCUGCAAGGAGACCUUCAACCUGUUCUACUACGAGGCAGAUGGGGACACGGCCACUGACGCCAGCCCCCUGUUCCGAGAGAACCCCUAUGUCAAGGUGGACACCAUCGCCCCCGACGAGAGCUUCUCCCUGCUGGAGGCGGGCCGCAUCAACACCAAGCUACGCAGUUUCGGGCCACUCUCCAAGGCCGGCUUCUACCUGGCCUUCCAGGACCUGGGCGCCUGCAUGUCGCUCAUCUCCGUGCGCGUCUUCUUCAAGAAGUGCUCCACCACUAUCGCCAACUUCGCUGUGUUCCCCGAGACGGCCACGGGCGCGGAGGCCACCUCGCUGGUGAUUGCGCCGGGAGCCUGUGUCUCCAGCGCCAUGGAGGUGUCCGUGCCGCUCAAACUGUACUGCAAUGGGGAUGGCGAGUGGAUGGUCCCGGUGGGCUCGUGCACCUGCAUCGCCGGCUUCGAGCCGUCCGGCGAAAACACACAGUGCCAGGCCUGCAGUCCCGGGACCUUCAAGUCCAAGUAUGGCGAGGGUUCCUGCUCCCCGUGCCCCCCAAACAGCCGGGCUGCCACCCGGGGCGUCAACGUCUGCCCCUGCCUGACGGGCUUCUCCCGGGCCGACAGCGACCCGCCCGACACCGCCUGCACCACCAUCCCUUCCUCGCCGCAGAACGUCAUCUCCAGCGUAAACGAGACGUCCCUCUCCCUGGAGUGGGACGAGCCUGUGGACACGGGGGGGCGCAGCGACCUGGUCUACAACGUGGUCUGCAAGAAGUGCCUGAGCAGGGGGGUCCCAUGCACGCGCUGUGACGACAACGUGGACAUCGCCCCGCGGCGCCUGGGCCUGCGCCAGAGGAAGGUGGUGGUGCGCAAUCUGCUGGCCCACACGCCGUACAGCUUCGAGGUGCAGGCUGUCAACGGUGUCUCGGGGAAGACGGCGUUGGCUCCGCGCUUCUCAACCGUCAACAUCACCACCAACCAGGCCGCCCCCUCGGCCGUGCCCACCGUCCACCUGAUGAAGUCCACGGCGGACACCCUGAGUCUGUCCUGGCUGCCCCCGGAGACGCCCAACGGAGUCAUCCUGGACUACGAGAUUAAAUACUACGAGAGGGGCCAGGGCAUGUCCCACACCGUGACCGCCCAGCACAGCUCCGCCAAGGUGGAGGGCCUGAGGGCGGCAACGCCCUACGUGGUGCAGGUCAGGGCGCGCACCGUGGCCGGCUACGGACGCUACAGCAACCCCAUGGACUUCAGCACCAGCCUGCACAGUGACCCCCAGAGGUCGGUGCAGGAUCAGCUGCCUCUCAUCGUGGGCUCUGCCACCGCCGGACUGGUGGUCAUCGUGGCCUUGGUGGUCAUGGCGGUGGUCUGCCUUAAGAAACAGCACAGCGGCUCAGAGCUGGAGUACACGGAGAAGCUGCAGCAGUACAUUUCUCCGGGGAUGAAAGUGUACAUCGACCCGUUUACCUACGAGGACCCCAACGAGGCUGUCCACGAGUUUGCCAAAGAAAUCGACAUUUCCUGUGUGAAGAUUGAGGAGGUGAUCGGAGCAGGGGAGUUUGGGGAGGUGUGUCGCGGGAGGCUGAAGCAGGCGAGCCGCAGGGAGGCGGUGGUGGCCAUCAAGACCCUGAAGGCGGGAUACACUGAGCGCCAGAGGCGGGACUUCCUGGCGGAGGCGUCGAUUAUGGGCCAGUUCGACCACCCCAACGUGAUCCGCCUGGAGGGGGUGCUGACCCGCAGCUGCCCCGUCCUCAUCAUCACCGAGUUCAUGGAGAACGGAGCUCUGGACUCCUUCCUUAGGCUGAACGACGGCCGCUUCAACAUGACCCAGCUGGUGGGCAUGCUGCGCGGCAUUGCGGCGGGCAUGAAGUACCUGGCCGACAUGAACUACGUGCACCGCGACCUGGCCGCCCGCAACAUCCUGGUCAACAGCAACCUGGUGUGCAAGGUUUCCGACUUCGGCCUGUCCCGCUUCCUGGACGACACCUCCGCCGACCCCACCUACACCAGCUCCCUGGGCGGUAAGAUCCCCAUCCGGUGGACCGCCCCAGAGGCCAUUGCCUUCAGGAAGUUCACCACGGCGAGCGACGUGUGGAGCUACGGAAUCGUCAUGUGGGAGGUGGUGUCGUACGGAGAGAGGCCCUACUGGGACAUGAGCAACCAGGACGUGAUGACGGCGGUGGAGCAGGACUACCGGCUACCCCCGCCCAUGGACUGUCCCAUGGUGCUGCACCAGCUGAUGCUGGAGUGCUGGGUGAAGGAGCGCAACCUGAGGCCCAAGUUUUGCCGCAUCGUGGGCACACUGGACAAGCUGCUGCGUAACGCCGCAAGCCUCAAGGUGGUCACCAGCAACCAGUGCGGGGACCUGUUGCAGGUGGGGGGGACUCUGCCCGGCCACCACAGGAAGAGUCCAGAUGAAGGCAGUCAGGAGAUCGUCCGUCAGCAGAUGAGCCAGACGCUCCCCAUCAGAGUGUGAGACGCCUGGCCGGAGGAGCCAGGACGCUCUGAGGAUCCACCAUGCGGCCUCCAGAAGAACAUGAAACCUGAAAAAUACCAAGAAACUCUUUUACGUCAAGAGCUGGGUGUGUACAAAAUAAAUAGAAAAAAAAGUACUGGAAAAAAAUGAGGAUCGGAAAGGAAGAAACUUAUCGAUAGAGGAAGGAACCGUUUUGAAUGUUUUUUUAGGCGACCUCGUAGAACUGAUUCGCGAACGUCCGCCAAAUGACUUCCGACAAAGGUAAACUUUGCAGUAACGUGUUCAUUAUUUGACACUUGUGGAUUAGUGAAAAUGUCCGUUGAGUGAAGGCCAGCUCUCUUGCGCCCCCUUCUUCCUCCUCAGGUUAUGUUUGCAUGUCUUGCAUGGUUUUAUUUUUCGCCGUUUAUUUCAGACUUUCCAGUUGGAAAUAUAGUCUCAUAUCUGUGACCUGCCUGUGUGGUCACCAUGGAGGUGACGACCGGCCGGAAGGCAGACCUAAAUGUACAGAAUGUUAUAACAGUGCCAAGCUGAAGAACUGUUACUUCACUGUAACAGAGCGAGAGACAGAGCAAGAGAGAGAGCUUGACCUCUGAUCCAGAUCAAGCUCUGCCCUUUCCUACGCUGUGAAGCCCUUCUUUUUUUCUCAGUAAUUUUUUUAAUCAUCUGCACUCUCUUAAAUGUCGUCUUCCAUGUCGAUUGGAGGACUUUGAAAUGUGCUCUGUAAAAAAGAAAAAGUAUCUAAAGUCUUCUACAGAUGAUCCUAGUCCUUAUACGCUGUAAAACAGGUCCAGUGACCAAGAGACGGAACACGUCAUUGAACCGGAACAAAAUGGAUGCCUUCCCUGGGAAAAAAAAGUGUAAAGAUUUUUUUUCUUUACCUUAACAGUUUCUUUGAUGCCGUUCCCUAUAAGGGAUUUAAUACCGAUCAUUUCCAAGUCUUAUUUUAUUCAUAUAUGCAUUGUUUUGAAUGCUAGGUUAUUACCACAGCAAGGCAGUAUUCAGUAUUUUUAUAAAGGUAGGGGGGGCUUAUCUUUUUUUAUGCUUGUUUUAAUUUUCACACAUGGACAAACAACACAUUCAUAAAUAAAAGACAUAAUCGAGUAUUCUGCCCUUGCAGGAAAAAAAAGUCUAGAGUCCCGACCCGGGACUUUAGUUCCCGGUGGAUUGGUGUGUUGUGCGUCACUGUGGCCAACACACUGCGGACAUGGGGAGUAUUGAUGUUAAAUAUCCAGAUGAGGACAGCUGCGUGACCUUAAUAGUGACCUGCCCUACAUGUCGUCAUAAUCGUAGACUGAGCAGCAUUCCUCUUGGCAUGUUCCUCCUUGUUUUAAAGCACGCCAGCUCUCAACGCGAUUCCAAAGGAACAGGUUGUUUAUAAUAUGCAUUCACUAUAUUUGUAUUAGGUCUGUCAACUAGGGGCUCAGAAUUAUGUAAAACCGGACUGUUCCGCCUCUCAAGACAACAUGACGGUUUUAAUGUUACGAAGCAAACUCAUGAAAAAUAAAAAACUGCAUUUCAAAUUUAGAAUAUUACGUAGUUUGGAAUAAAGAAACAAGACAUUGAAAGUACCUCUGUGUCUAAUAGGACAGACAUUUACCCAAUCCAGUGCAAUUAAAUGGUGUAUGAGGGUUGUACAAUUAAAGGAAAGGAAGAACGAGACAAAAAUGCGCAUUUCUCUUUCAGUAUUUUUACGAUAAUCAUAUGCAAAUAAAUUAUUAAACUCUGA